UUUGCUAUCAGUUUCCAAAAAGGUUUGCCAAGCCCACAUCCAACAUGUCGAAUGUGGAACAGAUGUGCCGACUGGCGAACUCGGUUCCUUAGAUAUCGAACACACGUGUCUCGGAUUCCAUGUACAGCUCGUAAACAGAACGCAUUCUACAAAAAUAACGACCAGAAUCAUGCUUUUCCAAAACGUCAAUGACAACGAGAAAGGGAGUAUCAACUACUUUGAAGCGUUGUUGGAUAUCGGCAAGAAAAAUGCGACAAUUUCGAAGGAAAACUUUGUUCUAAAUUUGAUACUGCCGAUAUUGCCGGUAGCAGAAUCUGUUAAAGAAUCAGAAGAAAUGUUGAAAGAAGAACAGUCAUUUUUGUUUUAUGGCAGAAAAAUCAGUUGUGACAUGCAGCUGCUAGUUGGAAGUAGCACCGAUGGUCUGGCACUCCCGGAAAUCACACACAUCCACAGAUCCAGAUCAUACAAUGAAGUUCAAGACGAGGACAUCCUUUAUAUGUUUCCUUUCCUCAAGAUCGAUCCUUAUCAUCGUCGCGCCUUUGCUAGACCUGUACCCAUAAGUGGUCGCCAUGGUUACGUCAGGUUGAAAUUCAACUCAGACUGGUUGAAUCAAAGAAAACUUUAUUACGAUCAUUACUAUAUGAUCAACCGCUCAAAAAGUAGUUUUGAAAACGGAACAGAGUUCGUAGAUAGCGAAGGAUUUGUCCUGCGAAGAAAUCUUACAAGAAAAUUGAGAAAAGAAAUGAGAUUAGAAAUCCACGAUAAAAACAACGAAGCAGAAUUUAUCCGAAUCAAUGAAGGGAGAAAUGUCUCUGUGGAAUAUUCACACCACGGCCCAGCACUGACCGCCAAUGUUUGUGAGGAAACUUACAAUUUCCAUCGUUCAAAGGACUAUGUGAUGGCGCUCCCUCAUCCAAGCUGGCCUGUAGAGGCAGCGGAAUGGCAAUACAGAACUCGCACAUGGCCUCCUGUUGCAGUGAUUAAUGCAGCCAUGAAAGGUGGCUGUCAUGUCGUCCCCAAAUGUCACAAGAACAGUAAGGAUCCACGUGAGUUUAUUCUGUCCUUCGGUUUAGCAUCAAGAACCGUUGCACAUGCCUUGAGCAUUUCACAAUUCCGCUGCUACAAAUUGUUCAAGUACUUAUUUCGCUUUCACAUCGAUAAAGUCAAACGUGGUUUGUCAACGUUUCACUGCAAGCAGACUAUGUUCUGGUUAUGCGAAAAGUGUAACCAAGACGAAUGGACGGAAUAUAAUCCUUUUGAAUGUGUACAAGAGCUUCUCCGCCAAUUGGAAGCCUUCCUUAGAUCUCACAAUCUGCCAGAUUACUUUAUCCGCGAAAACAAUACGAUAGCUCAUAUCAGUGCUGCGUCCGUGAUCGCCACGACGCGUGAAGUUACGAAGGUUCGCGAGAAAUGUUUGACGAUCAUCUUGGGGUUGACCGAGACGAAACGGUUCCGUUGGCUGUCUAGAGAUAUAUCCCUAGCGUCAUUGCUGUCACCAUGCCUAUCUGCAGACAGGCUAACAAAGCAAACCAUAGCUGUGACCCUUUUGGAGUAUGUGUCCGAACUGCUUGACAAAAGUGAAAUAUCCAUGGUUUUUUACCUACUGGGGAUUGACAUGCAUCAUGAAAUGAGGAUGGAACAAUUCAUUGAACUCGUAAUUAAGCGACUGGAACAGGUUCUUAUGCUUGGGCUCGACAUGAAUAUCACAUGCUGCGUAUAUGGCUUGUUAGCGUCACUGUACCAUCAACAAGCCAUUUCAGUUCAACACAAACCUGGAGUCGGUUACACUCUGAUCGACAAAAGUCAACAUUUAUUUGAUAAGAUUCUUUCACACGUCGAUAGACAUAUCUGGAUUUAUGGAGAGUAUUACAAUCUUUUGUCGACGACAAAACAACAUCAAUUGAUUCUUGAACAUUUUGCCGCUCAACUUCUUUCGCAUACGUCGUCGAGAAAAGUGAUGUUGUACCAGGGAGGUAUUUACUCCUCCAUAUAUUUCCACAAUCGUCUCACCAUGGACUUGUGUGUCCAGCAGGCCAUCGUUGACUGUCGUGUACCGAGCACAGCUUUCUUGUUUUUCAAAAUCAUACACACAUUGAUCGUCCUAAACACGAAUCAACCCGGUAGCCAUCCGUCCUAUCAUGAUACGGCAAUGAAAGCCUUGAAGCGGUUUGAUGUUUGGACCAAAUCAAAAGCUCUACGGUUCCCUGAGCUAUGUGAUGAACACGUGCAAGUAUUGCUGGCCUACAGUUACGAUUGUGUCGGAAGUCCCGUUGGCGCGGACAGGUAUUUCGAGAAGGCCGCCAGUUUUGGACUGGAUUACAAAGACGAAGAUGAAUCUGACGACCUCUUGAUCAGCACUCCCGUUAUCAUACGUCUACGCCGGAUCGCUAAAGAACAGCGGACGAUAGACAACAAACCUUAUAGCAGGCCCGUCAAACAAAGAAAAGGUCGAAGUGCAAAUACUUCAUUGCGAUUUGGGGAAGUACAGAUCAACCCUUUCGUGCAUGGCUAGGCUACCUGCGCAUCAAAGAAGAGGCAAUUAUAUAAACUGACCACAGUUCAAUACUUAUAUUUACGUUUCCUCUGACUCUUAUGUUCUUUUUUAACUUACUAUUCAUAUUUAAAAUUUAAAAUUCCCGCCUUAUCGAAAGUCCACACAAAUUCGUUCAAUGGUUGAAACAGCGUGUUGCCGCGUGCUGAUUGGCAAACAAAGUAGUAUUUGAAAUUUUAACAAACAAAAUUGCGUAUGAUAUGUCGAUAGGGUGAUUUAAGUUUAUCAAUAGAACUCUGUGCUGAAAGAUAGAUUUGAAAUUGUUUCAAUUUUCCUCGGAACACAUUUCGCGCUUGGAUAAAUACAGUGAACACCGUAAAUCCGACCUUGCCCUCCACGAGGGAGUUAUUUUUGGAAGUUAGAUGA